AUGCUCUCGACGCCAUAUUUCGCCUUCGGCCGAGGGGGCUCAGAGCUUUUGGAGAGUAAAGCAAACAUACCCGGUUUAUGGAUCUCGGUGCUGAACCUGAACGACCCCGCGGGCGGCUUCAUCCAGCACUCGCAGGCGCCGGGCGAGGCCAUCCACGCGUUCACGGUGGCCGACCUGAGCGGCGGCCUCGUCUCGUACGUGCACCGCGGCGAGCCCAACACCAAGAUCGUGCUGCGCGUGUCGGACGGGAUCGAGACGAGCGAGUCGGCCAUCCUGCGCGUGGCCGCCUUCGAGCUGCAGGUGUACCUCAUCAACAACACGGGGCUGAGCAUGACGCACAGCAGCUGGGCGCUCAUCACGCCGCACAACCUCUCGUACACGACCAACGUGCCCGAGCAGGAGCUCGAGAUCCGCUUCGACAUCACGGAGAUGCCCCGCUUCGGCGCCGUGCAGCGGCUCCGCGGGAACGACCGCUGGCAGAACGUCAACCAGUUCAGCAGUCGGCAGCUGGAGAAGGAGAAGAUCCGCUACCGACACACCGACAAGGAGCCGACCGUGGACGAGUUCCGCUUCCGCAUCACGGCCGGCGAGCGCAAGUUCCCGACGGAGUACACCUUCCGGAUCAACUUCGUGGCCAUCACGGUGGACGUCGUGCGCAACGCCGAGCUGCUCAUCGACAGGAUCCAGGAGAGCUUCAUCUCCGAGGGCUUCCUGCAGACCGUGACCAAGCCGGACCCGGCGCCCAGCGGCGAGAUCGUCUACAGCAUCAUCGUCCCGCCCAUGUUCGGCUCGAUCUUCCUGAGUUCGGGCGACCUGACGCGGCACCAGCAGCUGGAGAAGGGCUCCACCUUCACGCAGGAGGACAUCGCCAAGGGCAGGAUCAAGUACAAGCUGCACCGCAAGAGCUACUCCUCGCUGCACGACUCGUUCCAGUUCCAGGUGUCGAGUCAGGGCCGCAGCAGCGACGUGCACACCUUCAACAUCCGCCACACGCCCCCGUCCGUCGACGCGACCAUCGUGGUGGAGCGGCUGGACGUGCAGGAGGGCGCGCGCCAGAAGAUCACGCAGAAGUACCUGCACAUCGAGGUGGAGGACAUCGAGGACCUGAUCUACAACAUCACGUCGCCGCCGCGCCACGGCGCCAUCGACAUCAUCGACGAGUCCAUGAUCCUGCCCGAGCGGAGGAACGCCUCCUACUUCACGUCCCGCGAGAUCCUGUCGGGCUCCGUGUUCUACCAGCACGACGACUCCGAGUCGGCCAAGGACCGCUUCCACUUCGUGGCCCUCGCCGAGGACCCCGAGGUGGACUUCCAGUACGUGGGCGUCAUGCACUUCCGGAUCCUCAUGAUCAACGACAACCACCCGGUGCGCGUCAUGGAGAAGGUGCUCAACGUGGUCACGGACAGCGAGCGCGUCGUCACGUCCAGCGACCUGCUGUACGUGGACCCCGACCUGGACACGCCGCCCACGCAGAUCCAGUACACGCGGCGCAAGAUCCCCAACGGCGACUUCUUCCACGUGGAGGACAGGUCCGAGCCCGUGUACAUCUUCACGCAGGAGGACAUCAACCAGCGCAGGAUCGUGUUCCGCCACGACGGCCCCUCCUACGGCAAGGCCGUCAUCUCCGUCACGGACGGCCACCUGUCGUCCACGGGCAUCCUGGAGAUCGUGGCGUCCGAGCCCUUCAUCGAGAUCGUCAACAACAGCGGCAUCAUCGUGCCCCGCGGCCAGCAGGCCGUCAUCUCCAACUACAACCUGAGCGUGGAGACCAACAUGAACGCGUGGGGCGCGGCCAUCGAGUUCCACGUGACGUCGCCGCCGCGCUACGGGCGCCUGGUCACGCAGGGCCAGGCCGGCGCCAAGGUCUUCUCCGAGGCCGACCUCCAGAGCAGGACGCUCAAGUACGUGAACAAGGGCGAGCCCAGCUUCAAGGACGAGUUCCGCUUCAAGGCGAGGAUCGGCGACACCACUUCCGAGGGCAUCUUCGAGAUCAAGGUCUACCCCGAGAGCUACUGGGAGCCGUUGGUCGUCCUCAACAACGCCACCGUCAGGGUCGAGGAGGGCUCGAGGGUGACCAUCGACCAGGCCGCCCUCAAGAUCAUGCACCCCAACAUCGCCCCGUCGGACAUCACUUACGUCAUCGUCCAGCGGCCCCAGAAUGGGUACCUGGAGGUCGACCUCGGACAGACCACGCCCUCGGAGUACGAGGACGAGGCCAGUCUCCUGAAACCAGAGGUGAGCGUGUUCGACCAGGCGCUCAUUAACGAAGGCCGAGUCCAGUACGUAGGCAUCGGGACGAACGUGACGUCAGACCAUUUCGUCUUCGAUGUGACCAAUGGGAUCUCGAGCUUGUCCAGACUCGUCUAUAAUAUACAGAUAACUGGUACGUGA